AUGAUUGCCCAAGAUUCACAAGCAGAUUAUGAAGGCGAGCUGUGCCUUGUGAUCGGCCGCGACACCAAGAACAUUUUCCCGGAGAACGCACUCUCCUACAUAGCCGCCUACACAGUCGGCAACGAUAUCUCAGCACGCAAACUACAGCGCGACCCUCCUCUCGCGGGCCGUGUCCCGCAAUGGGGAUUCUCUAAGGGAUUUGAUACAUUUGCGCCGCUGGGACCGUGUCUUGUUGCUGCGAGCGAGAUCGCGGAUCCUAGUAAGCUGCUGCUGAAGACGAUUGUUGGUGGGAAGGUGAGACAGGAGGAGUAUGUUGCGGAUCUUGAUCUUUUGUUUGAUUGUGUUGGCGCUGGUCUCUCGCCGCCUAAGUACCUUGUUCCUGGGACGCAUAUGGAUGUUGUUAUUGAUGCUAGUAUUGGGACUCUGAGAAACGGCGUGGUGUUCGAUUGA